GGCCACGCCCAACUGGUCAUGCAUAAUGUAAAGCCCACCCAUUUUGAUUCGGCAUUUUGCGAUGGAUGUGAAGAAGACACUCAAGAGGUACAAGAGAUUGCAAAUAGAUCUCAAUGAACGAUUGGAAGAGGUGAAACUAAAGGAGCAAGCACUGAGCACAAGUAUAUCUUCAAAUUUAAUUGACAGUGGUGGUUUAACGGGAGAUGACCAUCAUAAAAGUCGUCGACAACAGGAAAUGAAAAGGGCACGACUUAGAGCUACGGAAGUUUUGCAGGAUAUUCUGCUUCUAAAGUUGUCUUUUGUAAAUGAUGUAAUUGAUAAGCUACAGUUGCUAUCACAUGAAAACCCACUACAAGUGACUCCUUUCCAUUUGCAAUUUUCCCGUUUUUAUGACUGGGCUGAGACAAGCCAGCAAUUGUAUGAUUUAAAUGCUCAGUUGUAUGAUAUUGAAAAGUCGAAAUGGAACAUACAGGAACUUCGUUAUCAGCAACCUACUUAUGAAAAGUCAAUGCUGACUGACCAUAGUCUUAUUGGUACACAUCCUAAUAUUACUGAUGCUUUAAGUCGACUUGACUCUGUUACAUCACCAGUCAAUUCAUAUAUUUCUGAACGACUUCAACCGCGUAAUCAAAGGAUGACAUUUGAAGCUUCUAAAAUUGAAGAGUACAUAGCGGAAUGUGACUUGUAUCAAGGCGGUACACUGCAGUUGCCUCCUAAUGAUAGUUCAGGUAUAGUAAGAGGAGCUCAUCCACGUAGCUAUCAUGGUUUCGUUGAAGUUUUGUGUAACUACAUUGUAGAAAGACACAAGUCAUCACAGGGUGAAGAUUUGCCUUAUGCAGCCAUUUAUACUGCAAUUGAACAUAAUGUAAUACCUCGUAUCAAGCAUUUUGUCCUUAAGUACAUUAGCAAAGCAGAAGAUGAUGCAAUAAUACAGGAACAGUGUAAAAAAUUUUCUGAUAUCACUCUUGGACAAUUAAGGGUACCACUGGCUUUAAGAAGUCAUGAAUUAAUACCAUUUGCUGAUUCUAUUGCACAUAUGAGGGCAACUUUCUUUAGUCAAAGCCCAACUGAUAAAAUGUACAGUGUUGUAGCUGCUGCUAAAGCUCUUCAUGAGCAGUUAAGUAUGAUGGAUGAAGGUAGUAUUGAUGGAGCAAGAAGGCCUCUAGAUUAAAAGAAAAUCAAAGGUGGUGAGACCACCUGGCCAUUUUUCUGAGUGCUACAAGGUACUACAGGCUCACUAGCAGAUCUUAUGGAAUGUAUG